UACCUAACGGCUACUUUAUUUUCUUCUUCUUCUUCUUCUUCUUCACAAUGAAGAAAUCAUUGGGCCGUCAAAAGAUCGAAAUCAAGAAGCUAAAUGUGAAGAGUAGACGGCAAGUAACCUUCUCCAAACGCCGUGCUGGGCUCUUCAACAAGGCUGCGGAGCUCUCCAUUCUCUCCGGCGCUGAGAUUGCUAUUCUCGUCUUCUCUUCCACUGACAAAAUCUAUACAUUUGGUCAUCCUAAUGUUGAUUUCCUCAUUGAUCGUUUCCUGACGUCCAAUUUUGUUCCGCCCAAGCCGGUGGAAGCGUACCUCCCUUUGGAGGAGUUGAAUCGUGAUUUGAAGGAUGUGACUGCGGAGUUUGAAACAGAGAAGAGGCGCGCUGAGAGAAUGAGGAAAACCGGGGGGUUUUGGUGGGAUGAGGCGAUGGAAUGUAUGGGAAUCGAGGAUUUGAAGCGAUUCCGGUCGUCGUUGAUGGAACUGAGAGGAAAAGUUGCGGAGAGAGUGGAGGAAUUGGCGGCGGUGAGGAAUCAAGGGUUUCUUACUACUUCGCCGUCGUUUCAUCAUCUUUCCGUCGCGACGGAGAUUGACGAUUUAUUUUAUUUUAGUAUUUGAAUAAGAAAAUAGAAAGAUUUCAGAUUAAGAGUGAUUGAUUUUAGAUCAAUUACUUCAUUCUAAAUAUGAUUCUAAGAAAUUUGUCAUUCUUUGUAAUUCAAAUCGGAGAUGAUUCAGUUUUGUUAAUCCAAAAGGUUCUCUUAUUACAUGUUUGUUUCAUGAAUUUUGUUGAAA